CAUUGCCGCCGCCCGACAAUGUCGAACACCACGGAGCUCUUCACCGUGCCGCCCAACUCGACCGACGUCAACGCCACGUCGCCGCUACUGCCGAAGACAACCUCCGACCCGUCGGUGUCCCGGAACCCAGAAGAAGGAGGUUCCGGGUUUCUCGGCGAUGCGGGUCCCGGCAUGGUCAUCUUCCUGGGAGCCCUGGCCGUUGUCACCAUCGGUGUCAUCGUGCUGCUCUGCGUCUCCGUCUGCAUCACGGCGUCCAAGAGGGCCAAGCGGAGGGCCCAUUUCCGUAACAAGAUCCGGAACCAGUGUCCGCCGUGUCCUGAAUGCAACGAGCCCUGUAAGGAAAACCCGGACGUCUACCACGUGGACAUGUGCGACGUCCACGGGCCGGUGCCUCCGCCUCCCAUGCCGAGUGUCCAGGAGGAAGAGGAAGAGGACACGGCCGGGAAUCCCUUCUUUGCCCGGGGCAGAGAACGACCGGACAGACCGGAGAGGUCGGCUGGCGGGGACAGCGGAGUGUCUUCGCAAGCGGGAAGGACCCCGGAUCCGUUCAGCGCUGAGCCGGAGGACGACCGCGACAGCGUCCUGGUGUCCAAGCCCAAAUUCUUGCAGAUGCCCGUCGGCUUGUUCAGGGACAAUGCCAGGGUGGACACGAAGCAACUGUUCAGGGAGAGUGUGGACGAGGGUACUGUUCUUCCGGUUCCCGACGAAGGGGCGGGUGGAGAGAAACGGACAGAGGAGAGCAACUCCGUGGUGGACGCGACAGCUGCCAAAGGACAGUUGAACAGCGCAUUCCAAAAGGAUGACUUUUAUCAGUAG